CUGCAGUAUAAGGAUGGCCUUCAGAGUUAGUUUUAAGAUAAUGAUAUUAUGUUGGAUUGCAGUUUUUGUUUUAACAAUAUAUAUUCACAAUGGUCAUCUACACAAAUUUGAUUCCAAAAAUAUUGAACAUAAGUCACCAAAAUUACUGGAAUCCAAAAAUCAAGAAGCAGCGGGAUCAAAAUCAUUUAAUUUGAAAACAAUAGACGAUGGUGAGUCAAGUAAAGCUUUUGAUGAACCAACAGAAAGAAAUGAUAUUGAUAAGGAUGACAAUGUUAAAAAAGCACUUAUGAGUAAUGCUGAGGACAUCAACUCAAUUCCUAACAAAGAAUAUUUGAUGACAGAGGAUACACAGCUUCAGCGAAGGUUUCCGAAAGCUAUGAUCAUUGGCAUGGCUAAAUGUGGUACCAAUGCUAUACAAAGGAGCUUAGAACUAAAUCCACUACUCAAGUCCACCUCAGAUGAAGAAGUCUGCCUUACAUUUAGAAAAGAGAAUUUUACAUUGGAUAGCUAUAGGGAAAGGCUGCCCUUGACUCUUGAACAGCAAGUGACCAUCACAAAAUGUCCACAGCUACUUGAUAAUGUUUGGAAUAUUAAAGCAUUGCAUGACCACUUCCCAGAGAUGAAGCUUAUCAUAUCUCUCUGCGAUCCUGUUAAACAAGCUGUAUCAAGUUAUGUCAUGCAUUAUGAGAUCAAACGAGAGAGAAAUUUGUGGCCUAACUUGCCCCCACUGGAUCUGCUUGUUUUUAAAUCGGAUGGAACUGUGAAUGAAUACAGUAAAUAUAUUAGGAUAUACAUAGACAUGUUAAAGCCAGUGUUUACAUUGUUUCCCAUGGAGCAGAUAUUGAUCAUUGAUGGAGAGAACUUCAUCAAAGAUCCCGUCAUGGAGCUGAGUAGAGUUGAAGAUUUUCUCCAAGUGCCAAGGAUUAUAUCAAGGGAUAUGUUUUUAUUUAAUGCAACCAAAGGAUUGUUCAAUGGUUUCACUUUCCUUGAUGGGCAUACAUAUCAUUUAAAGGCUGGGAAAGGUCACCCCCACCCUACAUAUGAUCAACAUUUUUAUGAUAAGUUACAUACAUUUUAUGAACCUUAUAACAAGAAACUGUUUGCAAAAAUUGGAAGAACCUUUAACUGGAAUUAUAAUGGCAAAAAAGUAAAAGUGUGACAUUUGAUGAGUUGUAUAUUGCAUUGAUGUCCCCAGGAUUUUUUACCAACAGGGUGAAGUGAAAUCCUAAUUUUACCUUUUAGCAGGAUGCACACAGAUACGAGGGUAGCAUCUAAUGUUCAGAUUUUAAACAAGGUUCAUCACCCAAUUGCUCUAAUACUGGGGAGAUCACUGCUAAGAUUCUGUAUAUCCUAUUAUACUUAGCUUAGUAGAAUUUGAUGAGCAUAUGGUAAUAUACAUGUAGAUGUUUAUUUAAGUUUAAAUUGUCAUCAGUUCAGAUAAAAUAUUAAAAAAGUAUUUUCAAACAUUGUUUGACUAUUUUGUUGAAAUUACAUUGAAUAAAGUUGCUUUGUAAUGGGAUUACAUAUUAUAAAAAUGGUAACAGAUCUAGCAGUGCAGGAAGCUCUUGUAAUAUUUUGUUCUUAUAAAAAUGAUCGUCAGUGGAGAUAUUGAAAUGUUACAUGAUAUCAAAGAUAAGGUAAUAUUUGCCAGUGAUGCAUAUCAAACCUGAAAAAUUCCUGUGUUCAGUGAAUAUCUGGAGUCAUUUAAUGAUAUAUUUGUUUUGUAUUUAUUUGUAUUCCUUGCUUUUGCAUGUGAUGUAUAAUAAAACAUAUAGUUUAUUUCAUUUUCAUGGAUGUAUUCAUUUCUAUAGAAUGAAAUGUGUUUAAACUAUUUCAUGUUGGUUUAAUUUGUAUCAGAAGUCUUGUUUUGUUUUGGUUUGUUAUGAGUUGCUCCUUUUCGCUGCCACCAUGACAAAAUAUAUGAUAUCGAGACACAGAGGUUGAGGUGAAACUGCCAUCAAUCAUUUAUUUUAUGCACAGUAUAUUUACCCUCUGGAUGUUGUUAUACAUAACUUAUGUCUUUAUUGUUCAUGCAAAAAUAAAUUUCAUUUUUACAA